AUGAGUGCUGAUCGUGAAUUAGAGCAGUCCUCGCACUGCAAAUUUGAAGUCUCUGAGCUGAACUUCACGGCUUGUUGGCAUGGUAUCCAACUUCGGAAAUUUGACACCCAUGGCGUGGAUGAUCAUCGUGAGAUGUCCCGAGGAUAUCGAGCGGUUCUUGACCGAAAGGAGACUCUAGCACGACAUCUGGGUCUUCCGUUGGUGAGUGACUCGUUUGAAGAAGCGUUUAGCAAGGCAUUUAGCACUCGGAUUCCAUCUCUAGUCCCACCGACACAGCAAGAACCCGGGGACUCGCCACCGAGCUGGAUUGACGUUCUUCAAGAGGUCGACCCCGUCCAGCUAGGGCAAAGGCCAAACGGUAGCCACCACCGCUGCCAUUCUGGCCUACUUCAGAAGCUAAUCGACCGUUGGCCGCACCCGAGAGAUGUACAGGCAGAAGUGGAGAUACUCGGGUUCACGAUCAGACGUCUAUCUGCCUGGAAACAAAGUGUCUUGCAGGCCCUCGAAGAAGAUAAUGCCCUACUAGAGGACCUACAGACGCGAUUAAACGGGCUUCGCAACUAUACUAUGCAGCAUUUCCUGUCCGAGUCUACCCAAACCUGCGAGGGAGCCGCAACCACUCGGACAGUUGUGCCAAUUGAACCCGGCAGAGAACAGGAGGCCAUUGCCUUAGACGACACGAUCGACAUCCAUGAUGCCGACCCGCAGGAAAGCGGUACUAGCGAAUCUCCUCAUACUUGUGAUCAAAGAGAUGAGGAUGACGAAAUGAGUGAAGAACCCCAGGAAGGCAUGGAUGCACUGCCAAUCCAGCCCGGCUCUCCGAGAACAUGGACAUCCAGUAGGCUUCGCUGGUCCUUCGAGGAAGAAUCCCGGCUACUUCCUUGGCUGAAGGCUCACGACCAUCUAAGUUGGCCUGACAUAGAGCAAGAGUAUUUCCGCGAGUUUGGCAUUUACCGAAAGGAGCUCGCUCUCAAAACCAAGGCGCGUCGUAUUGAACAGAAUGGCUUGCGUGGUGCAAGAAAGACGAGGACACGCCGGGCCAGGGGGGGAUACGUUGAUGGCCACUUUCCCGUUGCCCCAGAUAGUACAUCUGCAGGCACACGAGAAACACGCCUCCCUUGGCGGUUAACAGCAGCGGAACCCAAUCCGAUGUCGGCUGGCUCCCUAGAAGGGAGCGAUACGCAAUUCCACCAAGGCCUAAGCACUGCUACGGAUAUGGUGCAUGCAAAGGACGGGGAACCAGACCAAGGAAGCUCGAUAACAUCGCUGGUGAAUGGGGACCUCGUUCCAAGUCCGGAGGGGAGGUGGUUCGGAAGCAGCCACCCCCUCUCACUUGGUAGCUUGCUGGCAUAA